AGUGUGACGUCAGUCCGCCAUUUUUGUUAAGUUGGUCAAGGUUUACUUUCCAAACAAAUUUUGUUACACAGUGUUUUUACUAGUAGCUUUGUUAUUUAGUGCCUUAUUUUUAAUUUUAACGGGUUUUUGUGCAUUCGUUCUUUAUUUGUGGACUAAGAUGGUGAUGUGUUUUGUUCCCGAUUGCAAGCACUACAGCGAAAAGCAUGCCUGUCGGUUUUUCACCUUUCCAAAAGAUGCCAAUGAAAAACGAAGGUGGAUAAAAUUAAUUAGGUUUGUAGUUAAUUUGCAGAUUUAUUUGUUUAUUGAUUAUAAUUACCAUAGGCGAGAUGAUAGAAACCCCACUUCUCACUCAUUAGUAUGUGGUUGCCAUUUUAAGGACGGUAACAGAAGCAAUGGACCUACAAUUUUUGAAAGGAAUAAGGGGAAGCUUUUUGAUGUACCUGAGGUUGAAGUUAGGCACAGAAAGAAACAGCAACCAAGAAGUGCUUCACCAGCAGUUGCUGGGCCAUCAUGGCUACCUGAUCCUGUACCAUUGGAAGAGCACCAACCUGAAGAACCUGCAAAAGAAGUGAUUGAAGAAAGCUCAACAUCUGCUCCUACAGUUCUGCCAGAAUUCUCAGCUAUGCUGGAAGCUCAAGUUUAUUUUCUAGAAAAAGAAAACAAAGAGCUAAAAGAAGCACUAGAGAAGUGUGCAGGCAAAUUAUCCUUUGCAGCAAUUGCAAAUACAGAUCAUUUAAUUUCUGUAUAUACCGGAAUCCCAACCAAAGAUAUUUAUUUGGCUCUAUAUUCUUUAAUGGAAAACCACGAGUUAAAUUAUUAUUAUAAGUGGAAUGUAGUAACAAUACCAAAAAUUGAUCAAUUGUUAAUUACUUUAAUGAAGUUGCGCUUAAAUUUACUGCUGGACGACCUCAGUGUUCGAUUUGGGGUUACAAAGGGGACUAUUUCCAACAUCGUAAAAACGUGGAUGUUUGCAUUACACGAAGUGCUAUUUAAACACUUUAUGGCAGAAGUUCCAACAACCUCAAAAAAUAAAUGCUGUUUGCCUAGCUCCUUUAACUCCUUCACUAACUGCAGGAUGAUUUUGGACUGUACAGAGAUGGCAUGUAUUCAUCCACAAAAUAUGGAGAAGCAGAGAGCAACAUACAGCAGCUACAAACAUAGAAAUACGUUGAAAGGGUUAAUAGGUGUAGCACCCAAUGGAGUCAUAACUUAUGCAAGUAAGCUGUAUCCUGGUUCAAUAUCAGACAAAAAAAUUGUGCAAGAUAGUGGAGUAUUGAAGGUAUUUCAACCUGGAGAUCUGAUUCUUGCAGACAAAGGGUUUUUAAUUGCAGAUCUUUUACCACAAGGAGUGCAUAUUAACACACCACCAUUUUUAUGUUCGGCACAGUUUACACCAGAACAGGUGAUUAUGACACGAACUAUAGCACGAGCUAGAAUUCACGUCGAAAGAGCCAUUAGUAGAAUAAAGUGCUUUAGAAUACUGAAUAUGAUUCCCCAAACACUUAUUCCACAUGCGUCCAUUAUUUUUCAAUUGUGUGCAGCAAUAACAAAUUUACAGUUUCCCUUAAUUAAAGAGGUUGGAGAAAUGUAUUUAGAAUAAGUUAUGGUAUUUUUAUUAAGGUGUUUAGUCAUUUUUAUGUUACUCUUAUAGAUUUUAGAAAUAGGUAUUUAGAUUUUAUGUUCCAUAUUAUAGCGAUAAUUUGUUAAUAAGAUAUUAGAUUGAAGGAAUAAUACAAUGAAUAUAUACAUAUAUAAUAA